CAACAUGAAUUGUGGCGGAGUCAUUUGGAUCCAGUUAGAAGUCCACUUUCUCUGUGUCCCAUGUCAAUGUUUAACAAAUGAACCUUUUCUGUUUGUAAUGUUGCACACACACACGGGGCAAUGUCCUCCCAAAUACUCCCUUCGGACAGCUCUCACGAGAACAGUCAACAUGGAGGAGAGCGCCUAUAACAAACUGAUGCAUCCGGAGGACAUGAGCGUGGACGAGCCGCCGUUCCGCUCGAGCCAGGAGAAACCACAAGGUUCUUUUACGCUUUCUUGGUGAAGUAUCCUUGUCAAUGGUGAGGCCUGCAUCCACUUGGACCCCUCACAAAGUGCUUGAAAUCACACUGGCUGUGCUUGCCGCUGUCCUACUAGCAGUGGAUAUUGGCCUGGGAGUCCAUUACAACAACCUCACAGAUGAGUCUCGGGCCGUGAUGAGCAUCAGCCGCGAGGUGGCCGCGCUGAACGCGGCCUACGACGCUGCCUCGAAAAGACGAGCUGAAGCCGAAAUGCAUUUGGCACGAGAGAACAGACAGAAUCAAGUGAUCAAGUGGCAGCUGGAACACCAAACUAGAAGAAGCGGAGACUACAAACAGCAGGCUGACAAAAUCCAAAUGGACAUAACGGUCUUAAAAUCUCACAUACCAAUGAUAAAGGAGGGCUGCAGACACUGUUUACCAGGAUGGACUUUAAUCAACUCGGCAUGUUUCUUCCUUAGCUUCUCUGACACAUUCUCUCGCAGGUCAUGGCAGGAAGCCAGGGAGUACUGCAAAAAGCAUGACAGUGACCUGGCUGUGGUAGACAGCUCAGAGAAGCAGCUGAGAAUAAAUCAGCUAAUAGAUCUUCAUCAAGACCCAUCAAGAUCCGUAUCCCAGAGCGGCUUCUGGAUCGGCUUGCGGGAUGUAGACAGUGAAGGAGUUUGGAGGUGGCUGGACGGAACAAGACUGAAUGAAGGCUACUGGAACGAUAGGGAGCCCAAUAACGCGGGCGGUGAGGACUGUGUGGCCACCUACCCCAGAACCAACCCCUUUAAGGGUUGGAAUGAUGCCGCGUGCACCAGCUAUCUCAAAUGGAUUUGUGAAAUGUCAGCCACUUAGUGUCUUUAUCAAGAAUACAGAAAGUCAAGGAUUGUUACAAUUGAUCUGAUUCCUGAACAAACUACAAAAUGUCUUUAUAAACAAUCAAUCAAA